AUGACGUUGCACGCUCUGGCGGCGCUGGCGCUGCUCCCGACGCUCGCCGACCUGGCGGGCGCGCUGUCCGUGAGGGAGGCGGGUCUCGCGCUGCCGCCCGAGGCCGAGCCCACAGAUCAGGCCAAGCACGUCCGGCCCGUGCAGGGGACCACGUAUGAGAGGAAGACGAAGGGCUUGAGUAGCGAGGCGCAGCAGGCAUACCUUGAGACCGUGCGGCUGUUGGACGGAGCCGCCAGCAUGAGCCAUUCCAGGCACAUCCUGCAGUUUGUGAUGUCGCUCCCGGGGGCUCCGACGCUGCCCAGCGGCGGCUGCUUGUACCUCCCAAAUGACGCGGCCUGGUCGCUGUUCUACCAGCUCACGUGGAGCACCCGUACCCCCCCCUCUUCAUCGAGAUGA